UUCUUUUCUCUUUCGCACUAACUCAAACUCAACUCACUGAGUCGAGUCACCCCCGUGUUCAUUCUUUCUUUCUCUUUAUCUUUCACUCUCUUUCCCUCAUCCUACCCUUUUUCGUCUUUUUCUCCUCCAAUCUCAAUCCGACGGCUGCCAUUCUUCCACGUCACACCGUCUUCUUCACCCCCCUCCCCCUUCCCUUUCUCCCAUCUUCCUAUUUUAUUUAAUUAACUCCCUUUAGGGUUUCCAAGAUUUAACCAAAUUCUAACCAUUUUUUUAAAAAUGCGUCUUUUUGUUUUUCUUUAAUAAAGAAGAAAACGAAGAAAUCUCCAAAUCUUCAAUUCGUCGACGCUCUCAAUUUCACCGCAAAUAUUCUUCCUUUUCCUUUUAAAUGAGGGUUUUGAUGAAUUGGCUGUAUUCGGAAACCGUGAUAAUAAAUUUUUAAAAUUUUUGGUAGAAUUGAAGAUUAGAAUUUUUUUUACCCUUUCUGGUGUGUUUGUCAUGAUGGCGAUUGAGAAGAACAACUUUAAAGUUUCGCGGUUUGAUUCGGAGUUUUCUUCUGAUAGUAGGGAUACCACUUCGUCAACUGAUGAGGAUGAGCUUCAACGUCCAAGCUCAGCUAUUAAUUCUGAUGGUGCUGGUGAUGAUGAUGAUGAAGACGAUGAUGAUGAUGAAUUUGAUGAUGCUGAUUCAGGAGCAGGUUCAGAUGACUUUGAUUUAUUGGAAUUAGGUGAAAUGGGGGCUGAAUUUUGCCAAGUUGGGAACUCGACUUGUUCCGUACCUUUUGAUUUAUAUGAUCUGCCUGGGUUGGAAGAUAUUUUGUCUCUUGAUGUCUGGAAUGAGUGUUUAAGUGAUGAAGAGAGGUUUAGCCUGACUAAGUUUUUACCUGAUAUGGAUCAGGAUACAUUUAUGUGGACCUUGAAUGACCUUCUUAAGGGUAAUAAUUUUCAUUUUGGGAGUCCUAUUAAGAAGUUGUUUGAUAUAUUGAAAGGAGGGUUGUGUGAGCCAAGGGUUGCCCUUUAUCGGGAGGGUUUGAAUUUCUUUCAAAAGCGGCGGCAUUACCAUCAUUUGAGGAUGCAUCAGAAUAAUAUGGUUGCUAAACUUUGUCAAACAAGGGAUGCUUGGCUUAAUUGUAGGGGAUACAGUAUUGAGGAGCGGCUUCGUGUUUUGAAUAUUAUGAGAAGUCAAAAGAUUUUGGUGUAUGAAAAAUCGGAAGAUGAGGAUUCUGAAUCCUCCGAAAGAGGUGACUUUGGUGAAGGCCUGUGGACCAAAAGGGUUAAGGACCAAAAAGCUUUGCAGAAAAAGGGUCACCAUGGGGUUGGUCCUACUUUAGAAUCCGUUUCGCGAGGGCAGAUGGUGGGUUUGGAACCAUCAGAGUACAGGAAGCAGAAUCCAAAAGGUAUACUGAAGGCACGUGGAUCAAAAUUUCCUUCUGCAAAGGAGUUUGGUGGUGGUGUUUAUCAAGGUUUGGAUAUUGAUACUGAGCCAUAUGGUUUGCAUGGAACCCUUCCUCGACAUAAAUAUAAGUCAGGGGCGGCAAACAGGACAAGGGAUCAGAUGAGGUUAGACGAUGAUGGUGACCCAAUGUUUGGAACUAGUAUUCAACAGGACCGACAUGCUGUGCAUGAUAGCAAAUCACGCAAAUCUGGUUUAUUGAGAGCAGGGAAGAAGUAUGGCCUUUUAAGAGGGGAAGAAUUAGCUGGUGACAGUUUCAUGGCUUUGCCUCUGUCUUCAAAGCAUGAUUCGCGAGCCUAUGGUAGGAACAGGAAUGUGAAUCAAUUUCCUGAUGCAAAAGUAUAUACGUCAAAGCCACCAAACAUGAGAACACCCUAUGAUUUUGCCAAAACGUCCAAGUAUUCUGAAAAUCAUCAGCAAUUUGCAGUUGGAAAUCAGAUAAAGCUUAUGAAAGGCAGAACUCCACAAUUGCCGCUGAAAGGGAGUCGAUUUGACUUGUCGGAACGCACCGAACUGUUUUGGCAAAAUAAGAACCAAGGGGAAGAUUUUUCUGUCGAUUCUUCAGUUAGAUCUGAUGAUUGGAAUAUUAGGAGCAGGAAAUGUAAAAUGGGGCCACAGUGUCCUGAUAAAGCUUCCUUACAACAGAUGAAUGACCGAUUCUUGUUUUCUGAUAAUCGAAUUAAAUCAUCACAAGAAAAGAUCAGAGGGAGCAACGUGCAAAAUGGAGGACCAUUAAUGGCUGUUUCAAAAGGUAGUAGAGCAUUCCUUAAAAAUGAAGAAACAGAAUCUGACUCAUCUGAACAGUUUGAUGACGACGACGAUAGCAAUCCUCUAAUGAGAAGCAAGUUUGAUUACCCAAGUGGUGUCAUGGAAGGUUCACGGCUGUCUUCAUUGAAGUCUGGCCUUGAUUCUAGAAAGAUAAAAUCUUCAAAGAAAGAUACUAUGGAGGAUGGAUGGCCUCUUGAUGGAAUCAAUCGCAUCUCCGAAAAGAGCUUUGGGGAAAAUGUGCACGUGCCAGGAGUAGAAAGCUACUAUUUUAAAGGAAAACAGAAGUCUAAGAUGCAUGAAAUAAGUCCCUUGCAGAACUCUGCUUCUAGAGCUUUGGGCAAGGUUGAUAGGAAAAAGGUAUCCAAGUUGAGCAAGACUGGCCAAUUAGGAGAGAAACUUGGUGACAGAUUAAAGAUGUCCUCAACAAAGGCCUACCCUACUGAGAAAAGACUGAAAGGUGAAGUUGUCUAUGAUCAUCCUAUGUCUCAACGAGAUUAUCUGCUUAAUUAUCCUGUUGAUGAGGAGGAUGCUUCACCUGUGACACUACCAUUGGCAGACGAAAAUAACAGGCGUAGAACUGGGAAAAAAGGCCGGAGCAUUGAAACAUAUGAUUGUGGUGAAAAACGUGAAGCUUCAUUGCUUGGGUGCAAGACAGGGAAGGAGUAUGUGGGAGAUGUCGACAGAAGAGGUGAAGAUGGUAACCUGCAGUCUAACCUUCAGAAGCGAACUGAUGAUUCCCUUUCCUUGAAAAAAAAGGGAAAACGGAAAUUGGAGGUUGAUGCUGUUACCUCAGAUAUGGAAGCUUUGGAACCACAUGGUGCAGAAGUGCAAGUUACAGAUGUUGAGAUGGAAAUCAAACCACAGAAAAAGCCGUUUACUCUGAUUACCCCUACAGUUCAUACUGGUUUCUCAUUUUCGAUUAUACAUCUUCUUUCUGCUGUUCGCAUGGGAAUGAUCACUCCGCUUCCAGAAGAUUCCUUAGAGGUUGGCAGACCCCGCAGGGAGCAGAAUGGAAAGCAGGAAGGUGGUGUGAAUGGUGUUCUUUCUUGUGAGAACACAGCUACCGAUAAUCCAGAUCAGCCUGUGCAAAGAAGUAUACCUUCUCUUACUGUUCAAGAGAUUGUUAAUCGUGUAACAGUGAAUCCCGGAGAUCCAUGUAUUCUUGAGACACAAGAGCCGCUUCAAGAUUUAGUUCGGGGAGUUCUGAAAAUUUUCUCAUCAAAAACAGCACCUUUGGGGGCAAAAGGUUGGAAGGCACUUGUUGCCUAUGAAAAGUCGACAAAAAGUUGGUAUUGGGUUGGUCCAAUUAUGCAUAGCUCAAUUGAUCAUGAAACAAUUGAGGAGAUGACGUCACCUGAAGCCUGGGGUCUUCCUCACAAAAUGCUUGUCAAGCUGGUUGAUUCUUUUGCAAAUUGGCUAAAAAAUGGUCAAGAGACUCUCCAACAAAUAGGGAGUCUUCCUGCACCACCGCUUGAAUUGAUGCAAGUAAAUUUAGAUGAGAAAGAAAGGUUCAGAGACCUAAGAGCACAGAAAAGCCUUAAUACCAUUGGCCCAAGUUCCGAAGAAGUGAGAGCUUAUUUCCGUAGAGAGGAGCUUCUUAGGUAUUCUAUUCCUGACAGGGCCUUCUCUUACACAGCUGCUGAUGGCAAAAAAUCAAUAGUUGCUCCUUUGAGAAGGGGUGGAGGUAAACCAACUUCAAAGGCUCGAGAUCAUUUUAUGCUGAAACGUGAUAGGCCACCACAUGUUACAAUUCUUUGUCUUGUGAGAGAUGCUGCUUCCAGAUUGCCCGGAAGUAUUGGCACCCGUGCUGAUGUUUGUACUUUGAUAAGAGACUCUCAAUACAUUGUUGAAGAAGUUUCUGAUGCACAAGUUAACCAGAUUGUUAGUGGGGCCUUAGACCGUUUACAUUAUGAACGUGAUCCUUGUGUACAAUUCGACGGAGAAAGGAAAUUGUGGGUUUAUUUACACAGAGAAAGAGAAGAAGAAGACUUUGAGGAUGAUGGUACUUCAUCUACUAAGAAAUGGAAGAGGCAGAAAAAGGAUACUGCUGAACAAUCCGAUCAAGGAGCUGUAAUUGUGGCUUUUCAUGCAACCGGGAAUCAGUUGGGAUUUGAUGAUGAUAAAAAGAUGGAGACAGAGUGUGAGGAUAGACAAAAUCCGGAGGAUAAUGCUGACGACAGUCAUGCAUCGGAACAAGGUCAUCCAAUAACAUGGGAGCCUCUUGACGCAAAUCUUGUCCAGGAAGACAAAUUGCUAUGUGAAGAAAAUUCUACAAACGAAGAAUUUGAUGAUAAUUGAACAAAAAAAAACAAGAUUUGAUGAUGAAACGUUUGGGAGAGAGAGACCAGUUGGACUCCUGAGUGCAAGCUAAUUAUGAUCAAAUUAUCUCAGGGUCAAAGUCCAGCUACUGUGGAAGGAAGCAUUUGUGAUUCCCACUGAAGGUGUGUUAUAUGUUGGAACAUUACAUGUAUAGUGAUUCUAUCACAAAAAAUGUAGAUUAGAAAGUGACCUGAUGAUGCCCAACAAUGUGUUUACUACAGGUGGAUACUUAAUGAUGUUGAUUUUGCAUUUUCCAUAAAUAUUUUUUUGGUAAGUCCAAUUAUAGAUCAUAUGUUCGUUGAGCUUACAACAAAUGCAGAUUUGGCGUUGUAAUGUGCCAUAAAAUGCAUUGCCUGGUUGUACUUGCUUUUUGGUUCAGUUACUUGAGCAUAUAGCCAGGAUAAGCAAUUUUACAUAUUUUCUAUGAGGUCUCAGCCUGUAAUGUAAGAGAUUAUUGCAAAUAUAUUCCAAUUUCAAGUC